CGGACAGUCUCCUUACAUAUAUGGACAUUGGUGCCAGCCCACUGACACGACUAUCUCCUACUUCUCUUGAUCGGUAGCUUGUUGGGUAGCUCUCGCACUUGUGAAGUAUAGCAUUCCUCAGCUCCCCACAAUCUCCCCUCCCCACACACACACACACAACCCAAACUACUUCGUUGUUGCAAGACGAGACCAGUGCGGACAGAUACAGAGUGUGAGUGUGUGUGUGUGUUUGAGUGCGUGUGUGUGUGAGAGAGGGAAAACUAGCAGUAGUGUUUGAGUUGGUGGAGAUCAUGGGCAGGCCGCAGAGAUACCGCGGGGUGCGACAAAGACACUGGGGAUCAUGGGUCUCCGAAAUUCGUCACCCACUUUUAAAGACGAGAGUGUGGCUGGGGACAUUCGAGACCGCCGAGGACGCGGCCCAUGCGUACGACGAGGCGGCGAGGCUCAUGUGCGGUGUGAGAGCGCGCACAAAUUUCCCCUACGACCCGAACGCGUCCAAGCGUCCGAACUCUCAGAUGCUGUCAGCCACCUUGAGCGCGAAGCUGCACCGGUGGUACUUGCAUUCGCAGCAACGCGACGGCCAGGAAGGGAAGUCGAAAGAUGCUCGCAUGACGCAGUCCCUUACGUGCCUGUGCCUGGACGCGGAGCAAUCCAAUCUGGGAAUAUGGCAGAAGAAGACGGGGAGGCAAGCGGAGGCCAACUGGGUGAGAAAAGUGCAAUUCGGCGACAAUAACUCCCCGCAAACCGACUCGCCACAGCCGGAAAAUUCUAGCGAAAGUUGCAUGUCGGAAGAGGACAAGUUCGCGGCUGAAAUGAUCGAGGAACUCCUCGGUUACAGCCCUGGCCAAUUCUCCAACUUCGGAUCCCCAGCUAUGUCUGAUUCCAGCUGCAGCAGCUCCUGCUCGGCUGUCACCACAGCUUUCGAGUAGCAGCACUAUCUCAACCCCCCCCCCUACAUUUUGUUUUUACAUCGUUUUCAAGGCAUUGUUGAUCUGGAAAGGAAUGGCGCAGAUGCAGGGCUACUGUAGCCCUCGGUCGAUCCUCCACACACGAUCAGUGCUGACGCUCGGAAUGGACCUAUGAAGUCACCACGCUCAGUUUUCACGCGCGUCGCUGGAAUAUUUUGAAUUCGCCUCAGAGCUGGAGGUCGUUGUUCACUACAUCAGGUUGAGUAGUAAUCCUGUAGUAGUUAAAGGAGGCGAAAUCCUUUUAAUGUAGCUCCCCCCCCCAGACAUAAUUAGUUAGCAGAUCUUUGGAUCUGUACGAGGAAGGAGAUGACGAAUUUAAGCUCUUAGAGUUGCGCUGUACGUUUGGGUGUCGAUACAAAGGGAGUCCUCUUGCACGAAGUGGUAUGUAUUCCUGUGUGCAUACGCUUCCUAGUGUUUAGACGUGACUCGGAUGUGAUGCUGCAGUGUAUACAUAGAUGCUGCAUCUGUCCUAAUCAAACUCAGAAACUCAGAAACUAACAUACCAACCUGUAAUGUAGUGACGGAAUGUUCUUUUACAUAUCUCUUCUACGGUGUGUUCAGUGCACGCCAAAUUUUGCACGUUA